GAAGUGCGAGCGUGUUGAUUCUGUGCGACAAGGGCUGUUCUGAUUUCUAUAAUUACAAAAUUUUGUGGCAGGUUAUUAUAAUCUCUCGGAUUUUUCGACAGAUCACGAAAUGAAGUGAUGUGAUGGCGGGGUGUUUGGCUUCUGCUGGUUCGGGCAGGCGCGCACAUCCCAUACAGAUAUUGCAAAUGGGAAGUUACGACCCUGAAUAGCUUACUCGGAUGGAAGGCAGGACGCAAUGCGCGACACAGGUUGAACCAAAUUCUGAAGUUUACGCCUUUCGUUGUGGACCAGUCGAGCGACCAGAGCUUCGUUUCCAUUCUGGUGACCUACCUGACUCUCGCGUCACGUCACGUCUGCCAUUCACCAUCACAUUUGCAUUGUAUCUCUACCAGGUACAUUGUCAAUCACUGGGCAGCCUCAUUUGCCAAGAUGCCCAUCUUUCGUGGAAUCGAGAUCUCGGUGGUCGCAAGUCGCGAGGCCAAAAGGCUGACUGAAUACCCCCAUCCCGACGGCUCAUCUGUCUGUCUGGUUGCUGCUGAUGAUGUUCGUACCGAGGCAACAGUUCUUCUGGGUCCGCGACAUCCAUCUGAGGCUUCGAUGCUCUCGGAUGGAGAUCCAACACGCCAGCGAAAGGUCAACCCUCGUAUAUCUGUCUACAUCCCUUCUAUGCCAGGCGAACAGUUCUGGCUGAAGUAUCAUGUCAUUCGUGUCCCUGAACCAGCCAGCCACUUGUUCUUCAAGAUGUUUAUGAAUGGACGUCUCAUCACCUCAUGGGGGAUCCUGGCCAAGAGCGAGAAUAAUGAAAAGCACAGCCACCCGCAAAAGUCCCUCAGUGGCACUGUCGUGCGGGCAUUGUAUGAACCCGGCCAACGAUGGCAAGACGAGGCCAGUGGGGUCGAGUGGAAGGAUGUUGGAAUAGAGAGUCGUUAUUUCCAUUUCAUGCCUGGCUUGGAACACAAGUCUGUGGCAGAAGAUGGCGGUCUUAUAGAGGUGCAGGUAUUUCGUUCUAAAGGGCGGAAGCGUCGCACUCCCAAGAUGACGGAGUUCCGUACCCAGGAGCGUUAUGGAAUCGCUUCGCCGAGCGGAGGACUGGUCGAGAACCCUCAAGAUGCCACAUACUACGAUUGGUUGCUGAUCGACCCGAAAGAUGCGCCAUAUGCAAGCUUCCGCUUCCAUUAUCGAUCUAUGAAGCAUCUCUUACAGCUCAAUCUCAUCCCUCAGUCUGAUUCUCGGCCUCAAAUUCUACGAGACGACUCACGCAACUUCGACGAAGACCAAUGCCAGGGUGUUCCCGACUCGUCUCCUGAAUUGCAGACUCCUAGCACAUCCCAAUUCACAUUCGGAAUCGAGUCGCUAGACUCGGAAGUAUUCGUUGAUAGCGACAGAGGAGUGGGAAAGGGGGCUGCAGCGAACAACACCCCAGACAAAUAUUUCCUGAGAAGCCCCCCAGAGCUUCUCCCGUCUGCGGCGUCUAGUCAGGCGAUCCCGCAGCCAAGCAAGGCCAUACGCGAUGCCAUUACGCCAGAGAUGCUUCAACGACCACUACCAGAGCCUCCCACAACAGACCUGAAAUCCCGAGCAUCCUCUAAAUCAUCACUCCGAUCUAGCUGCCCAUCCCUAACCCCUUCCCUUGCCCAAUACGUCGAUAGCGGCGAGUUUGGUGAUGACGACAUUGGUAUUGAUGUUGCCCGUACGGUCAUAUCCUCCCACCCGUCGCUGGUCUUGCUGCCUCCGAAAAAGAGCAAGAGCAGAGAGGACGACUCUGAUUCAGACUAUGAGAACUCGCCACCGUCAACUGUUGCUUCGCUAUCGCCCAAACGACCAUCCCCGAAGGGCUACUUAUCCACUACUGGGAGCGUUCUGGAACGUCAAAUUGCGACUUUCAGCUCCCUGAUCGCUCAGCCAUUGCCGAAGAGACCACGACCUAGGAUACCCAUGUCCAUUUCGGAUAGCACAUUCUUUCACGAUUCGGUUGAUGUUGGCUCAUUAUCCUUGACCGAGUCUGAAUGGAUGAGACACACCCCGUCCCCAGUUCAGUCGACUCCGUUCGAUCGUCUGUGGAGCCCGCGACUGGAGAAGAAACACACCCCGCCCCGCUUGGACGAGCAUCACCGUCGAGCCAGGUAUAGUGAUAUCGGACCUCGAUCCAUUGAUGAGCAUAAGGCCUGGGACCCAAAUACUUCUGCCAAAGCAGUGGAAGCAAACCACUCAACCGAGAAAGCCCACUACACCACCAAGAAACCUGCAAAUGAGAUAACACAUGAGCUGUACCAUUCCAAAUCGGAGCGAGGUAAAAAAUUAUAUGUGGAUAAUGGUACUGAUGGCAGCGCGGCGCCGUCCAAGGAGCGCCACACUUGGGAGUCUUGCCGUGAUUCUAGGCUGAAAAAUGGAAUGGAGGACGGACCAGCUAGCAACUGGAUCUGAUCCAAUGUUCCUGCGGGUCACUUCGAUAGGCCAAGAAACUGUUUUCAUGAGUCGAGGUAGGCAGGUCAGAAUGCAGCAUCCAUAUUUGCUUGUCCUGAGGAAAACUCUACGCUACACC